AUGAAGACCAGCACCCUCCCGCUCACCCUCCUGGCGUCUUACGCCAUGGGUGUCAUUGGAACCCCCAUAGCUGCUGAGCAGCGACCAGGUCAGCAACAUUCAGAAGACGGUCGGUCUCCUGUCAUUCUGAGUCUGGGUGUGUACGCAUUCGUCGAAGCCGCUGGUUUAACUCCAGUGAAGACGAUGCUCCCUGGAACGACUCCAACAACUACCGCACCAUCUAUCUUCGCAACCAGGGAGGUAGGAGCUGCCAUAUGGAGAUCAAUGGUGCCGCCGAUGGUAGUGAUGCCUCUACUACAACCCAUGACAAUUGGGACUGCGCUUGGGUGUAUCAAGGAAAGAAGGCAGACGAAGAUUGUUGAUUGUGAAUACUCUGGAGACUACGGUCGUGACGGUAUCUGCUAUACCAGUGUUAAGGAUCGGUUCUCAUCCGGUAGGAACAAGUUUUUCACUAGAUAUGCAAUGCCCUGUGCGGGUCAGAACGCCAUCCUUAGUUCCGAUACUGGAUAA